AUGACUAAACCACUAGCUCUUUGCCGUCCGUUUAUUCCUCCCUCCGUUCUCGUAACGAAUAAAAGACUUCUCUCCUCGACCACUUUUUGGUCUGGAGAACCGGAGAAGAGUCCGAAAAGAAGAAAACUCUUUGUCGUUCCUCGCUUCCGUUUGUUUGUCUCGCCUUCGCGACGUAUUCGGGUAUGCCCUCGUCGUCCUUUUCGUGGUGUGAUUCGUCCACCUGCUGUUUCUGCGUGUGGGUUUGCCGAGGCUCCGACACUUUUCCCGCUUCCUUCUUUUCUUCCGUUGAGUAUAGGCCCUGAUAUUCUUGAUUGUGUCAUAGGAACAUAUAAUCCCAAAGAUCCGUAUAGAAAACAAGGAAAGCUGAGCUUUUUGGAUUCUUACCGGCGACUAACACAGAAUCUUAUCCUUUCAUGCAAAAUCACCAGAAACUACUCGCGAUUGAUUUUUCUGAUUGACCAUCCUGAAGCCCAUGAUCACCCGAUUCGACUGUGUGAGAAUGAAUGUGAAGUAUGGAAGCUGUUUGACAAUAUAGACCUGAGAAGUUUUUCGUACGAAGAAAAGUGGUGUAAAUGGUGA